UAUUGAGUUGUCUCCCUUCCUAUGACAUAUUAAUGGAAUUGUGGGAUAUCCAGUAAAAGCAAACAAAGUACAGGAAGUAAGAAAAAAUGCAGAAUAUUGGCCUAAAAAUGAUGCAAAAAGGACAGUAACAUUUUUGUGAAACAUGUAACCUGAAGAAAUAUGCAGAGUGCAAUUAGAAUGGCUACUAAAAGUUGUGUCCCCAAAUUUAGAAGUGAUUCCGAUGAGGAAGUUAACCAGGAGGUUCCAUCUAACUAUGCUGGAAACCAAACGGUACCAAAGCAGCCAAUCCAGCGUGCACCUCGUUCUGUAACAGAUCCCGUCUGGAAAACUCCACGGAAUCCCCCGCCUCCGCCACAAAUAUCUUUACCAACAUCUCAGGCAAGUCGCGAGUACAAUUGGCAAGCAAACAUGAGUUCAGUGCGGGAGAAAAAUGCUGUAAUGUAUAACAAUCCACUGAUGGCUGAUGUUUACUUCACUGUUGGAUCUGGCAACAAGCAGAGAAUUGCUGCACACAAGUAUGUGCUUGCCACUGGUAGUUCUGUUUUCUAUGCCAUGUUUUUUGGAGGACUGGCUGACCAGAAAGAUGACAUAGAUUUACCGGAUGUUGAACACAAUGCAUUCCAAAACCUUCUUAGGUACCUUUACUGUGAUGAGAUAAAUUUGGCUGCUGACAAUGUUCUGUCUACAUUGUAUGUUGCCAAAAAGUACAUUGUUCCCUACCUAGCACGUGCCUGUGUGCAGUACCUCGAGACAAGCCUCAGUGCACGGAACGCCUGUAUUCUACUGUGUCAGGGCCGGCUGUUUGAGGAGCAAGAACUUAUGCAGCAAUGCUGGGAGGUUAUUGAUGCACAAGCAGAGGAAGCCCUUGCAUCAGACGGUUUUGCAGAAAUUGACUUUAGUACCUUAGAAAGUGUUCUCUUACGUGAAACUCUAAAUGCACGCGAGGUUUCAGUGUUCAAUGCAGCCUGUCGCUGGGCUGAAGCACAGUGCCGUAGACGUGAGCUUGAACCAACAGCAGAAAACAAGCGCCAAGUUCUUGGGGACUCUUUCAAUUUGAUCAGAAUCCCCUCUAUGUUACUGGAGGAGUUCGCUAAUGGUCCUGCUCAGUCAGGGAUACUUUCUCCCAAGGAAACCACAGAUAUAUUUCUCUACUUCACUGCUAAUAACAAACCUGAAUUACCAUUUAAACGCAAAUCAAGAUCUGGCCUAAUGCCACAAAAAUGUCACAGAUUUCAGUCAUCAGCAUACCGCAGUAAUCAAUGGCGAUAUCGCGGCCGUUGUGACAGUAUACAAUUUGCUGUUGAUCGGAGGGUUUUCAUAGCGGGAUUUGGACUCUAUGGUUCUAGCAAUGGUGCAAUGGAAUAUCAAGUAAAGAUUGAAUUAAAAAAAGAUGGUAUCAUUAUGGGACAUAGUUACUUAAGGUUUUUCUCAGAUGGUUCUAGUAACACAUUUCCAGCCAUGUUCAAAAAUCCCAUACAAGUGGAACCCGACACAUUUUACACUGCUAGUGCUAUACUUGAUGGGCCGGAACUCAGCUACUUUGGUCAAGAGGGCAUGGCAGAGAUUCAGUGUGGGAAAGUGACAUUUCAGUUCCAGUGCUCAUCUGACAGUACAAAUGGUACAGGAGUUCAGGGCGGACAAAUUCCAGAAAUAAUCUUCUACUCCUAAAAUGAAAAUUUUCUUACUUUGAAAUAUUGGUAGCAUUGAACAAUCAUCCUUAAGCAUGUAUUUGAAAGCUGUAACUAUUUAUCAAGACAGUAAUUUCUUAGGGCAGGCAUAAUUCAACACUAGAAAGUGUUCUUAAAAUAGCUUGCCGACAUAAAGAUAUUUUCCAGAAUGACUGGCAUAUCACUUUUAAAUGCAACAAUAAUCAUGACAAGUUCAUGUGGCAAUAUCGUGUAUUUUACCUUGUUCACAUUGCAUAAUAUAUGUCUUUUGAUAAACUCUACUCAGCUAAAGCAUUCCUUUUCUCAGACAAUAUUUAUACUAAAAGAAGGCAACAGAGAACCAUUUUAGAUAUUAGUCCUGUUCCACCAAGCAGUGGACAUUGUGUAAAUUCAAGGAUUACAGACUUCUUUUACUAUAUACAAAAGGUUGUUUGCUUAUUACUAUCACUGCAUUAUGCCACAUAAUAUCUAGUGGACAAAACAUACAACUCUUGAGAACACUGAUAAAGUGUAUAAAUGGUGAUUUUUUAGUGGCUAUUGUAUUUUUAGCGUGACUUUUGAAAGAAUAGGUAGAGCAGCAUCCACAUCCCGAUUUGUUUAAGUAUUUGUAUGUAAGCUGGUAUCUCAGUAACCACUUGUGGGAAUGGAUUGAAACUUAUUCACUGUGAUAAACUGACUUACACUACAUAGGUUCCAUAACUCUAUUUUGCUUUCUUUUUUUUUUUUUUACAAAAUUAUGCCCCUUUUUUGACUUGGUAAUUUUUGGUUAAGUUUUUGUAAGUUAGCUGGUAUCUCGGUACCCACCGAUGGGAAUAGAUUGAAACUUCACACACUACUUGUUCAUUGUUAUCAUCUAACAUGCAAUGCACAGUUUCCAUAACUCUACUUCGUUGGUUUUUUAAAAACAAAAUUAUGCCUCUUUUUCGACUUUUAUAUUCAUUCAACUAACAAGGCUUUUGAAUAGUCGAGCACUGCUGUCCUCAGACAGCUCUUGUUUAAUCACUGGAGUGAAAAACUAAAUGUACGUUUUCCGUUGCCAUGUAAGACUCCCAGGUUUAUAUAAUUGUGUAAUGUUUGAACGAUCUUUCAAACACUAAACACUACUGUUUAGGCAACUUUCAAUUAUUGCCUUCAGCGUCAUGACUCUUAUGUUUUGACGUUUCUCAUUUAGCAUUUAGUGAUAUGGAACAAAUUUAUUCUAAUCGGAUUAAAUUUUUAGCACUGUAUACAGCCUUCUUACGAUAUAUGGUAGCUCCGUCCCAGUAACGGAAUUUAUCCUGUAUCAAACAAGUGCACAAAAGUGGUGGCUUACUGUUUAUCAAAAAGGAAACAUCUAAUAUCGUACACUUGAUUCUUUCAGUACGAGCAGACAAAGACUUUGAUAGUAGAAAGGGUGUUUGUUUUGUUUCAGGUAAUACACCCCUAAUGACAAUCGGCAAUUUACGUGACAUUACAUAAUAGCCUGAUACUACUCCAGCAUUUUCCGGCUGCUGAUGUAGCGUGUAUGAGCAACCAGAUGGAGAAUGCAGAAGUCCUAAGUAUACGCAAAAUACUCAUACAGAAAUAACUGAUAUUCAUUAUGGGUCCAUUACCUUAACUGGGUAGAAAUUUUGUAAACGUUUACCAAACAUGACACAGGUGUAUAAAAAUGGGAGCUUUACUGCCAUAUGAUAAAAUUAAAAACCUGUAUUGUUAGCAUUAUCCAAAAAUAAAGUUUUAUGUUU